AUGGCGGGAGGAGCAAAUGACGAUGAUGAUGUCGAUCCUGUUGAUCUAAAUCUUAAUAAUAAUAUUAAUGGUAUUGAAAUACCGAACCCAAUACCCGCUGCUCCAGUCGAAGGUCAAAGACAACUUGACUAUGCACAAGAUGUUACAAAGACAGCUGCAAUUUUUCUUGCAAAAAUGAAAGCAUCAAGUAGCACUGUGCAGUCAACUGUUGACCAUGUUGUUUCCGAGACUUCAAGUUUGUUUUCCGAUGUUAUCGGUUCAUUGAAAGCAAAAACUGAGCAAUUUUUACAGGGACAAAAUAUCAAUGAUGAGAUUAAUCCAAAGAAUAUCAGAUUGCUGCUGUAUGUAGAUGAGUGCGAGAUUGCAAAUCCACUUGGCUCCAAGGCCGGAUUGCAUAAAAUAGGCGUUAUAUAUUGUACCCUACUCAAUAUUCCUCCAAGGUUUCGUUCAUCCCUCUGUAAUUGUUUUUUGAUUACAUUAUACAAUGCUGCUGAUGUGAAGCAGUACGGAUUUGAUCCCAUCUUGAAACCAGUUGUCGAUGACAUCACCUUACUCGAGCGAGAAGGUCUAUACAUUGAUUCUGAAGAUUUUAAAGGCGUUGUACGUGUUAGUGUUGCACAGCUUACAGGUGACAACUUAGGGGUGAACGGAAUACUUGGUUUUGUCGAAAGUUUUGUCAGCAAUCAUUACUGUAGACAUUGCAAAAUGCAUAGAAAUGAAAUGCAAACCAGCCCAACUGCACGUCCUAACCAGCUUCGGAAUGUUGAAAACUAUGAAGAAGACUUACAUAUAAACGAUCCAGGUGCUACAGGCGUGAAAGCACCUUGUCUUUUAAACGAAAUUCAACACUUCCACAUUACUACAAACUAUGCACCUGAUGUCAUGCAUGAUUUGUUAGAAGGCGUGUGUGGUGUAGAGGUCCACCUUGUUUUGGCAAAUCUAAUUGGGGAAGGUCUAUUCGAUUUGGAUUUACUAAACAGUAGAAUUACUAGUUUCGACUAUGCCACUACAGAUUCAAGGAACAAACCAUCGUCAAUAACUAUCAACAAACUGCAAAACCCAGAUAGUGCAUCGGGACAGACGGCGUCACAGAUGUGGUGCCUUAUUCGGUACCUGCCGCUGAUGAUUGGUGAUAAAGUACCUGAAGGACACCAACACUUGGAGCUUCUACUUCUACUAUUAGAAUGCAUGGAUUUUAUCUUUUCUCCUCAAGUCACCACUGAAGAGACAUUCUUUUUAAAACAUUUAAUCAAAGAUCACCAUGAGCAUUUUUUGGAUUUGUUCCCAGGUCGUACUCUAAAACCUAAACACCACUUUAUGACACACUACCCGGAACAAAUGCGUUUGCUUGGUCCGUUAUUACACUAUUGGACUAUGCGUUUUGAGGCCAAACACCGUUUUUUCAAGCGGUUAGGCCAUAUUGUUUGCAACUACAGAAACAUUUUGAAAACAUUGUGCUCUAGACAACAAAUGUAUCUGUGUUAUAACAUUAUCAGUGGCAAAGACCUGGUCGAAAGGGAUGUUGAAAUAGGUCCUGGAUCAAUAGAAAUUGUUGCUUCAUUAGAGAGAGCAGAGUUUUUAAGCAGAACAUUAGGGAUCCGUUUAUUCGAAGAAGUUUACGUUGCCAAAUGGUCAAUAGUUCAUGGUAUCAAAUACUGCAAAAACCUCCUAGUUGUAACUGGGAAGUCUGAUUAUUUGCCUGUAUUUCAGAAAAUUAUUUAUGUCAUGGUCACAGAAAACAGCAGUGUUAAGCUAAUUACGGAGGAAUGGCUUACCAUCCGAUAUGACAGACACACACACACAUAUGUUAUUCACCAACCACAUGCAACUUCAUGGUCUAUGGUCUCCGUUGACAACUUAUAUGAUUAUUACCCGUAUCAUGCAUCCAAGUCUUACAACGAGGGUGACCAACACUCCUAUGUUGCUCUUCGUCACAGAAUUCACUGA